UAAAAACAACGUUGAUAGGGUUUCUAGAGUUUGCAUAGUAAAAAGAAAACAGGUAACAGAGAGUAGCAACGAUGGUUCCCAAGACGGAGCGCUGUCGGUUUAGUGGUGCCAAGAUAUACCCAGGAAAGGGCAUCAGAUUUAUUCGUUCUGAUUCUCAGAGGUACUUCCACAACCGUUUGAAGCCAUCAAAACUUACAUGGACAGCCAUGUAUAGGAAGCAACAUAAGAAGGACAUUGCUCAAGAGGCCGUUAAGAAGAGGAGACGUGCCACGAAGAAGCCAUACUCCAGAUCCAUCGUCGGUGCCACCUUAGAGAUACAUGAAACCUAUCCGAACAAGAAGAUGGGUUGUGGCAUGGCAGAAUUCGAGCUCCGGUACCGACUAGAAUCAUUAAUAAUAAAUGAAGAGGAGUUUAUCAAGUCAUCCGUGCCAGAAAUAGUGGAAAUUUAUGAUGAUCCAACCAAAAGAGGGAUAAAUAAUGUAAAAGUUACUGCAACCGAUGAUCUAACUCGUGAAGGAGUACAAUCUAAAUUCCAUGAUUUGGAGAACAAACUUUAUGAUAAAGGCAACCACAAAGUGAAAUGCAAAGAUUUCCCAGGCUUGGAACUGGCAUUGAAGAACACUGCUAGGUGGGAAAUUCCAGAGUACCUCAAAUCUAUUGCAAUCCUAACCGAAAAAGAUCGUGGAAAAGCUACUGAAUUUUAUCAAAUCAACAUUCAAACUCUGGUCUGCGCUGCGAUCAAAGAGAUGAAAGAUUUCUCGGUUGGGGAUUUGGAUUGGGACACCUUGAAGAAGUGGGGCGCCACACUUAAUUGCGCUGAGAAAUUUGAUUUUCAAGUGAGAUUUGCCGAUAAUCUGUUGAAGAAGCAUUUGCUUGCCUAUUUUGCUGCUCAAAAUAUUCCCAAAUCGACUGCAAAAAAAUAGCUACGCAAGAGCAAAUGGUUGUGUUGUUGUUGGCUUGCUGCUAUGUCUACAAUAGUUUUGGCUUUAAUGUGUUUGUCCUUAAGACUCUGGAUUUCUAUAUGAAGUUUGUCUACAAUAGUAUUGGCUUUAAUGUGUUUGUCCUUAGACUCUGGAUUUUUAUAUGAAGUUUAUUUUUUGAGAUCAA